GAUAUUGUGCGUCAUUGUUGUUACAAUAGGGGGAGUACGUCGAUAAGAACAGGCAUUCAUUAGAACGGAGAGGACUGUUCAUCUUCACACACUGUAGAUAGAUAAUGGAGCUAGAAAAUGACUUCCAUGAUGAGGAGAACUCCUUCAGCAGCAAAGAGAGUAACGGUAAGCGUUCUGCUGAAGAUUUUGAGGACAAGCCUCAUAAACGCUCCAGAAAUUCUGAUGACAUGGUAGAACUCAGAAUACUGCUACAGAGCAAAAAUGCCGGAGCAGUGAUCGGAAAGGGUGGGAAGAACAUUAAAGCUCUCCGCACAGAUUACAAUGCCACUGUGUCAGUCCCAGACAGCAGUGGGCCCGAGCGAAUCCUAAGCGUCAGUGCCGAUAUUCCCACAGUAGCUGAGAUAUUGCUGAAGAUCAUUCCCACUUUGGAAGAGUAUCAGCAUUAUAAGGGGGUGGACUUUGACUGUGAGCUGAGGCUGCUCAUUCAUCAAAGUCUAGCCGGAAGCAUCAUUGGUGUGAAGGGAGCCAAGAUUAAGGAACUCCGUGAGAGCACUCAGACAACCAUCAAGCUAUUCCAGGAGUGCUGUCCUCAGUCCACUGACCGUGUGGUGCUCGUUGGGGGCAAAGCAGAUCGGGUGGUGCAAUGCAUUAAGACCAUGCUUGAGCUCAUUGUGGAGGCUCCCACUAAAGGUCGCACUCAGCCGUACGACCCCAACUUCUAUGAUGAGACUUAUGACUAUGGUGGCUUCACCGCAACAUAUGAAGAGCGGGGGCGUCGGCCAAUGGGAGGCUUCCCCUCGAGGGGGCGUGGAGGCGGGUUCGACCGUAUGCCCCCCAGCGGAGGUCGCAGCAGCCACCAUAUGCCACCAAACAGAAGAGACUAUGAUGACAUGAGUCCACGAAGGGGCCCCCCUCCACCUCAGAGAGGAGGGAGAGGAGGGGGCCGUACCCCACGUAACAUGGGAGGACCUUCCCAUCAUAGGAGAGAUGAUGACCAGUACUCCUAUAGCUCCCAGCGUGGCCAAAUGGAGGAGAGACGACAUGGAGAAAAGAGAGGACGCAAUGAACGUUAUGGAGGCAACAUGAAUGAUGGAUAUGGUGGAAGGAGUAACUGUAGUGAUAUGGGAAGCCCUGUUAUUACCACACAAGUGACAAUUCCCAAAGAUCUGGCAGGAUCGAUCAUCGGUAAAGGGGGUCAGAGGAUCAAGCAGAUUCGUCAUGAGUCUGGAGCGUCUAUCAAAAUCGAUGAGCCCCUGCAGGGUUCUGAAGACCGCAUCAUCACUAUCACAGGAACCCAAGACCAGAUCCAGAACGCACAGUACCUGUUACAGAACAGUGCUCUACACCUCUUGGGACGCCAGAGCUAACCAGCCACCUUUCUCAGGAUGUCCAUCCAAUUGCAGCUCAAGUCCUUGCCACCAUAUGAAGGCCUGACACAUUACGAAUCCUUGUCUAUCACCUUUAUAGGAAGCCCUCAUAGAAUACAAGCUCGAACCCUUUGGUUGUCCUUUAUUAGGAAUUUUGUGGAAUUGUUUUUUUCUUUUUUUAUUAUAAAUCAUAAUUUUAUAUGGGCCAACUUUUAUGUACAUCGCAGAAACACCUUGAAUUGGGUGAGCAGAUAGCUUCUUUUCAACUGGAUGUUUUUUUGUUUUGAUUUUUGUUGGGAUGAAUGUUUUGAGUUAUUGAAUUUAUCAUUCAAAUCAUUCAAAAAGCUCACCCCAGAAUGUACACAAGUACACCCAGGAGUUUGAAGUUCUUUAUAUUUGGCUAAUUUUCUUGUUUUCCUUAAGGUUUGAAAACAGCAUUGAGUAAAGUAGGGAAUGACAUGUAAAUAUCCAGUGAUAACUAAUGGAAAAUGAUUACUAUGGACGUUUGAAUAUAUCCUCUAGUCUGUUCCAUAUAUGUGCUGGUUUUUCCUCAGAAAUACAGAUAAUAUUUUCACCAGGUAAAUCUGGUGUUUAAGUAAUUUACUCUACCUCUGGAUUUUUUCUAGGUCUGCCAUUCUAAAAGAAGGUGCACAAUCAUUAACUGUGAUUUUUAAGAAGCGAGAAAAAAAAAUGGAUGUGAUGUUGUAAUUUUAGACUGUGUUUGCUACAGAGCAGGACAAUACUUCUCUCUCCCCCUUUCCUUGUUUUAUUUUUCUUACCUUUAUUUUUUUUACCCAAAUUGUCUCUAAAGUUCUUUAACCAGACACAUUUGUAGAGUUUGUCACUUGUCUGAAAUAAAGGACAUGCCAGUUUUUCCAG